AUGGAAGGAAGAAAAAAUGUCGCAAACAAUUCGUCGACUACCUCUGCAGUUAAAGUUCCUACAACUUAUGUCUCACCAUUCUCAAAACCCUUACGACCUCCUAUAAUACCAAAGCAACUUCCUCAUACAAUUGCAAACAAUUCGUCGACUACCUCUGCAGUUAAAGUUCCUACAACUUAUGUCUCACCAUUCUCAAAACCCUUACGACCUCCUAUAAUACCAAAGCAACUUCCUCAUACAAUUGCAAACAAUUCGUCGACUACCUCUGCAGUUAAAGUUCCUACAACUUAUGUCUCACCAUUCUCAAAACCCUUACGACCUCCUAUAAUACCAAAGCAACUUCCUCAUACAAUUGCAAACAAAUUGUCCAACAAUUUGAGUUCUUCUUCUCAAAACACAACAGAUACAGUUGUCCAAACAGCACCAGAACAAGUUUCACAUAGUUCUACAAUUGCAAACAAAUUGUCCAACAAUUUGA